AAGAUGAAGAGGGGUCCAAGUUUACAUGGAUAUAAAAUCAGUGAUAUGCCUCCAAACAUCAUAGAAAACAUCCUUUCUCGUUUGUCUAUAAUGGAAGCCGUGAGAACAUGCAUCUUAUCGAAAAAGUGGAGAUAUAAUUGGGUUACUCUUCCACAACUUAUAUUUGAUUGUUCCCUCGGAGAUGAUUUGAUAAACCAAAAUGACAAGCUUGCAAGAUUUAUUGAUGGACCCAUGUAUGAGCGUUAUGACUUACUAUCAUCUCUCUACUCUUGUGAAAAACUGACCCAUUUGGAACUCAGUUUUUGCACACUUAGACGUCCACCAAUGCUUGCAUGCUUUAAGUACCUUCGGAGCCUUUCUCUUUAUAAAGUUGACUGUGUUGGCUUCACAAUUGAGGAACUGAUUUCCAAGUGCCCAAAACUUGAGAGAUUGAUGAUAGUCGGGUUUACAGGUUCCACGGACCUAGUUAUUUAUGCUCCUAAGCUGCAAGAGUUAGUUGUUGAUGGUUUUUGCAAGGGUAUGCAAAAUAUAUGCUUCAAGAACACUCCACUUCUAGCAUAUGUAUCUCUUAAUUUGCAAUGUUUUGGUUUCGAAGGAGUACUUAUGAAUCAUAAGCAGGAUGGAAUUUCCCGUUUGAUGAAGGUUUUUGGAAGUCUUGUUAGUGUUCAGAUGCUUUCUGUGGGUGGGAAUUUUCUGAAAGUGAGAUGA